GGACGAGCUGACAUACAAGUGGUCUGGCUGGGAGCUGGGGCAGGUCGGAGUCUUGUUUUACCAUGUUAUAACAAGUGUUCCCAGGGAGUCUGUACAUCACCGCCCAAAGUGUUGCUGCAUUGCCUCGAAAUCAGCAGACAGAGCUGCUCCCCUGGCUUUCCACCAAGCUCUGCCCGAGAGAUGUGCAGCUACAGGAAACUAUAACUGCAGACUACAACUCCAGCAAUCACUGCAGACAAUGAAGAAGCAUUCGGCGAGAGUGGCGCCCUUGGCUGUUUGCAAUUCCUCCGUGUUGAGAGCUUCUAUAAUAGAAGGGGAAGAAGCUUCGGAGAAUCGCGUGGAGAAUCUCAACCCGGAGAAUAACGUCAAGACCCACUGUCAGUCGUGCACCACUGUGUUCCUGAAGGUUUUCUGGGCUUUUCUGAUCAUACUUUCUGUCUCUUCCUCUUGGGUCGGCACCACACAGAUAGUCAAGAUCACGUACAAGAACUUCUAUUGUCCAUUCUUUAUGACGUGGUUCUCGACAAACUGGAACAUCAUGUUUUUCCCUGUGUAUUACACCGGACAUUUGGCAACGGCACAGGACAAACAGUCGCCAAUUAAAAAAAUUAGGGAAUGCAGUCGGAUAUUUGGAGAGGACGGACUCACACUGAAACUCUUCCUCAAAAGGACAGCUCCAUUUUCUAUACUAUGGACCUUAACUAACUACCUGUAUUUACUGGCUCUGAAGAAAUUAACAGCCACCGAUGUCUCCGCUCUGUUCUGCUGCAACAAAGCAUUUGUCUUCUUGCUUUCUUGGAUUGUGCUCAAAGAUAAGUUCAUGGGAGUCAGGAUAGUUGCUGCCAUUAUGGCAAUUACUGGCAUUGUUAUGAUGGCCUAUGCAGAUGGUUUCCAUGGUGAUUCAAUCAUCGGUGUAGCCCUGGCUGUUGGAUCGGCCUCCACAUCAGCAUUAUACAAGGUCUUAUUUAAGAUGUUUCUUGGGAGUGCAAAUUUUGGGGAAGCCGCUCAUUUCCUUUCCACGAUGGGCUUCUUCAAUUUAAUUUUUAUAUCAUCCGCUCCAGUUAUAUUAUACUUUACCAAAGUGGAAUAUUGGUCUUCAUUCUCUGCUUUGCCCUGGGGUUACCUCUGCGGUGUGGCCAGCCUUUGGUUAGCCUUCAACAUCCUUGUGAAUGUCGGGGUUGUGAUCACAUAUCCGAUUCUCAUCUCCAUUGGAACCCUGCUGAGUGUCCCUGGAAACGCAGCUGUCGACCUUCUGAAACAUGAGAUGAUAUUCAGUGUGGUGAGGCUGGCCGCCACCACCAUCAUAUGCAUUGGCUUCCUGCUCAUGCUCCUUCCUGAGGAAUGGGAUGAAAUAACCUUGAGGUUCAUCAAUAGCUUGAAAGAAAAGAAGAGUGAGGACCAAAGCGAAGACACCACAGAGUCCAGCAACCACACGCGGAGCAGGAGCAGAGCAAAUGGGACUGUGUCUAUCCCGUUAGCUUAAUCGCCAGCUAGUUUUACAAAUGCACGGGAAUGUAUAUUCUGUGAAUAUGAUUUAGUUUUGUGAGACAAAGUAUGCUUUUUAUGACAGUAUUACCAGAAACGUACUGCAUACAAUAUGAAUAUAUUUCAGUUAAUGCACUAAAAAAAAUUAUAGUAUUGCGAUUUAAACUUUAUAAAGCAACAUGGGAAUGGGUGUUAAUGUGUAAUAAAGUUUUUGUAAAGAAAGUACU